AUGGGCGAUUCAAAUGCAUGGGAUAUGCUUGUUGCUGAAGAACCUAUAGAGCGGAAAAAAUCUGCAUCACCGAGUACAAGUCGAGUGGAAUCACAGGUAGUUAAACUAGACGAAGCUGAACUACAUGCGCUUGGCCUGGACAAGGAGGAUAUUGCUGAGGAAGCUGAGCGUCGAAGAAAAAGUCGUAGCAAAUCACCAGCCAUCGAGUCUCUACGAAAAGUUUCAUCGCAUAUGCUGCAAAAAUUCGGGACAUUUAUGAAGAAAAAAGAUCCAGCGAUGCCAUUUUACAAAACAGCGGAUAUCGAGGCGAUACCAUUGGACUCCCUAUGUCAGAGACCUAAGGAAUUCUUCCAAGAACCGAAACCGUUCUCUUUUCGUGAUCUUGGCAAAAUUCUUGUGCCACCGUUGGAUGUUAGGCAGGAAAAAUGCGCAUACCUAUUUCGAGGUGCUUCUUUCAACGAUGAAGCCGAGCAACUUGAGGGAACUAAUGAGUUAAUCCGGCUACCUGAAUACGAUCCAUUUUGCCCUGUUCAUGGAAGUCGACGCCGGUUCGGAAGACGACAUCUUGUCACAAUGCAACAUUUAAUGACCAGUGUGGAUCAGGAUGACGCUGAAGAAACCGCCGAAUACCUCUACAAUCAGGAUUUCUUAGCUAAAAUUAUUCGGAAGAAGAAACGUGAAAUGUUAAGCGGGAAUGAAAAGAUUAAAGUGAACAAGGUUAUGCACAAAAUUAAGGCAAAUCUUCUAAUCAUCUCAGUGGCUUUUCUUUUUCUUUUCUCUGCUUUCAAUGGACUAUCAAACCUGCAGACGACCGUCAAUAAUGAACUUGGUGCGGAUAGUUUAGCGGUACUCUAUAUGUCACUUGCAAUCUCGUCCUUAUUCGUACCAUCAUAUAUGAUAAGUCGACUCGGUUGUAAGCUCACAUUAAUUACCGCUAUGGGGAUCUACGUGUUCUACAUGGCUGUAAAUAUUCGACCAAGCUACUCAUCUAUAAUUCCUGCUUCGAUUCUUACCGGAAUAGCAGGAUCAUGCUUAUGGGGAGCAAAUUGUGUCUACAUAACAGAAAUGGGUAUUCGAUAUGCACGUUUAAAUAUUGAAAGUCAAAACACUGUAAUUGUACGAUUUUUUGGCUAUUUCUUUAUGAUUAUCCAUAGCGGACAGGUAUUUGGCAACUUACUAUCGUCGUUCAUAAUGACAGCAGCUAUGAAGACACCUGAACCACUUGAUGAAGUCUAUAAGACAUGUGGUCACGCAUUUCCGUCAAACUCCUCUGAAUUAUCCACAAAAGCAACACAAAAUUUGGAACGACCUCAUCAACGAAUUUAUUUAUCAGUAUGUUUGACCUAUUUGGCGUGUGCAAUCGUUGCAGUAAUGAUUGUAUCGAUGUUUCUAAAUGCUCUACAUAAAGACGUCAUCAACAGAAGUAGAGCUCCUGUCUUCGAUGCUGCCGUUCUAAAACAAACAUUUGUGAACUUUAAAAAUAUGAAAAUAAUGUUAUUGGUGCCUUUGACUGUUUUCAAUGGUGUCGAACAAGCGUUUUUGGCAGGAAUUUUUACAAAGGCAUUCGUUGCUUGUGGACUCGGUGUAUCACAGAUUGGUUUCGUUUGCACUGCAUUUGGUGUCUCAGAUGCUGUGUGUAGCUUGGUGUUCGGUCCUUUAAUUAAACUUUUUGGUCGUAUGCCUUUGUUCGUGUUCGGAGCUGUCAACAAUAUGCUUAUGAUAAUUACGCUUAUGAUAUGGCCAUUAAAUCCUGCUGACAAAGCAAUUCUUUACGUCGUUGCAAGUGUAUGGGGUGUUUCGGAUGCAGUUUGGAACACUCAAAUUAAUGGAUUCUGGGUAGCGCUUGUUGGUCGACAAUCACUCGACUUAGCAUUUACCAGCUACCGUUUUUGGGAGUCGAUUGGACUAGCGCUAGGAUUCGUGAUGGCUCGAUUACUUUCAGUAGAGAUUAUCCUUCUGUUAUCAUUAUGUCUUCUACUACUCGGGAUGACUGGCUAUUGCGCUAUCGAACUUUACGACGAAUUAUCUGCUCAUAUUUCGAUGAUGACUAGGUCUUGCUAUGUGAAGAAACGGAGUGGAACUAUGUCAAUGGAGGCAUCAUUGCUUAGCCCGAAUGCUCUCUAA